AUGCCAGAGAUCUCCAUACAAGCCUUUUACAAGAAGGAGUUUCCGACUGCACGUGGAACUGCGCCAGCUGACAGAUGGCCACGAAAAAAUGAUGGAUUUACACAAGAAGAGAUCAAUUCUGGACACAAUUACCUUGACCGACCGUGGAACCCGUCAGAAGACUACGAGAAUGUGUGUAUCGGUGACAUUCAACUGGGUCCGACUCGCAUCCGCUUCACUGGUCGCAUAGUCAACUACGCUCCGGCUUUUCUCAACACCAAGAAGACCUACAGUCGUCCAGCGCAUCAAUUGAUAGUCACAGAUGAUACGGGAGCCAUAAUUGUCAAUCUCGUCCCUAUUGGUAUCCCGAUCUCUCGUUUGGUCAUAGGACAGCUCGUGAUUGUCUGGGCCAGCUGGACAGGUACCUUGGCGGGUUCAAAUCACGGCAACAUCCCCUUUGUUACGAUGUACACCCCAAUAAACCCAGCUGACGUAGGCACAAAACAAUUCAUCCAGUUUCUGCCCCAUACUCCAGAGAACCAGCGACUUUGCCGGGUGCCCCUGGAGUAUGAUGACCGCGGACGGAAGUCGAAGCUUCUCCCUGGCCUUAUGACUUUGGGGCAGUAUCUAAAGACAGGCCAUGACACCCGAGGAGCCCGUAUCAUUGUCUGCAUCAAGGGUUUCGGCGCCCGUAAACGCAUCAUGAUGCAAGAGCGUACGAAAGAGGCGGAGCUGCUCGAAGUCAGCGUGUGCGACGAUACCGCCAGCUGCGUGCUGACUCUCUGGGAAGAUAAGGCCAGCUCCGCCAAGCUAUGGAAGCCCAACGAGACCAUCCUACUUCUGACGAACCCAAAGUUCGUGCCUCCACGGGACACCAAACCACUACCCACGAGCGCCGGUAUUAGUCUGAACUAUAACACUAUCGUUGACGUCGAUCCGAAUUUCCAGGAUGCCAAUUGGCUUCGCGAAUGGGUUACAAAAAGAGUCGAGAGAGAGGCCGUCUUCUUACCCUUCCCAGAAGGUGUGUGGAACGCAGAGGUUGCUGUUAAUGGGCCUGUCCGACCACUUUUCACUCUCGCCGAGGUGGACGACUUCGCACGCGCCGAUCCGGCUACUGACUUCACCGGCAAGCUGAAUCUUACUGUCCUAGGUAUCAACCUGCUUGAGCUCCAUCGAAGAAAGAUGAUGUUUUGUACGGAAUGCUGUGGGGUUCCCUUAUAUGCAAACCAGCCAUCUGCGACGUGUAAGAAUUGCAUGAAGCAGCAGACGCUCGUCCUCAACGCCCGUGUCAUGGGUACCCUAGCAGACGAGACUGGAUGCAUUACGCAAGGGAAGCUUGUGUGGAAUGCCCAGGCUUGGGGCGAGCUCUUCUUCCCCGCUGUCGAGCCCACUCCCCCGAACCCAGUGCUGGCGACAGCGGAUGUUGCAAAGACAUCUGCUUCCACACUCACAAGGAGAGAUUUGGCCACGAUGGAGACCAGUGAGCUCAGGAUAUUGGAGGAGCAGAUACUAUACGCCCGUCUCACGUUGACAUUUGGCUGGUCCCCGUUUGUCAAACGGCUGUGCGUCCUUGGAGUUGAAUGGUAA